UUUACAGAGCGGUGUGGGGAUCUGCACUCACUCGUCCACCUCAGGAAAAGUUUGACCCGGUGUUUCUUCCUCCUUCCCAGCAGCGAGUGCUGGUUGUUGGCUGUGCAGACUGACGCUGCGGUGCAGGUCUCGGAGUAGCAAAGGCCGGGCCCAGUGCUGCAGGUUGUCCGGUAGGGUGCUCGCCCGCCUGCCUGCAGAGCUGUUGAUGUCAGGAGCAGAGGAGGGGGACGCGAGGAAUGGCUGAAAACAGACGGUGAUCUCUUGCGAGGGGGGCACAGCAAGUGAUCGUCCGGUUACCGAGAGCUUCACCGGAUCCGCUUCACAGCGACGCGACACCAGGCGCCGCUCGGUGUUUUCUCCGGGAGAGGGAGGGGGGUGGGGGGGGGUUAUUUAAUGGGACAACGAAAACGCCACAAAAAAAAAACGCAAGGUAGGCUCCCGCUCCUGUCGCCAGCUCCGCCGCUGAAUGUUCACUCACAGGGGGUCGAGGAGACAUGUCCAGCCCCUCGCCUUCGAAGGCAGCUCCCGGGUCUGUGGCGCUCAACUUUACGUGAACGUGGGUGUUUUUUCGCUGGGGGCUCGUUAAAACGUGUGAUAUGUUUUGAGAGGAAAAAAGCGUCAUCUCUUCAUGCCUCAGCCGAGAGAACCGCAUGAGAGGAAGCCCGGAGCAGACUAACACGCCGCGGACAAAGCCUCCCCUUCCCGCCCGCCUUUCCCUCCCGUCGCCUUCCACCUGAACCGAACGGGCAGACACAAUGCGUGGGGAUCUGCUGUGGAUGUGUCUGUGGGCUCUGCUCCGUCCUGCCGCCGCCGGUCAAGGGCAGUCGGCGGCCGUGUGUUCGCCGUCGUGCGGCUGCGAUGAAGAUGGAGGUGCGGACUGCUCGGGCAGAGGACUGACCAGCGUCCCGGCCGGACUCAGUGCCUUCACCUACUAUCUUGACCUGAGCAUGAACAACAUCACUGAGCUCCCGGCCUACGUAUUCAAGAACUUCCCCUAUCUGGAAGAACUACGACUUGCGGGGAAUGACCUGUCAUUCAUCCACCCUGAAGCCCUGUCUGGCCUGCAUCAGCUCAAAGUCCUGAUGCUCCAGAAUAAUCAGCUAAAGACGGUUCCCAGUGCGGCCCUGAAGAACCUUCAAUCGCUCCAGUCUCUUCGCCUGGACGCGAACCAUAUUACCAUGGUUCCAGACGACAGUUUCGAAGGCCUUCAGCAGCUGCGUCACCUCUGGUUGGACGACAACAACCUGACGUCUGUCCCCGUCAGUUCUCUGGGUCACCAGGGAAACCUUCAGGCUCUCACGUUGGCACUCAACCGCAUCUCGUACAUACCAGACAACGCCUUCGCAAACCUCACCAGUCUAGUUGUGCUACAUCUCCAUAACAACAGAAUUAACGAGAUAGGAGACAACUGCUUUGCCGGACUGUUGAACCUGGAGACGCUAGAUCUGAACUUCAACAACCUGAUGGUUUUUCCCAAAGCUAUUGAGGCUCUGCCCAAACUGAAGGAACUCGGUUUUCACAGCAACGAUAUUGCCUCCAUACCUGAAGGGGCCUUUCAUAACAACCCCCUGCUGCGAACCAUACAUCUCUAUGACAACCCUCUGUCCUUCGUGGGCGCCACAGCUUUCCAGAAUCUGUCCGACCUGCACUCACUGAUGUUGCGUGGGGCCAGUAUGAUGCAGGACUUCCCCGUCCUGACGGGGACUAAUAACCUUGAGAGCCUGACCCUGUCAGGAACCAAGAUAUCGUCCACCCCCGCUGAUCUGUGUGACGAUCUCAAGUUGCUCAGAACGCUAGACUUGUCCUACAAUGAGAUCGAGGGGCUGCCGGCGCUGCAGGGCUGCGUCCGACUGCAGGAGAUAAGCUUUCAGCACAACCAUAUUCAACAAAUUGAGAGAAACACUUUCCAGGGUCUCUCUGCUCUACGUCUACUGGACCUGAGUAGGAAUGAAAUCCGAGUCAUUCACCCAGAUGCUUUCCUCAGCCUCACUGCACUCACCAACCUAGAUCUGAGUAUGAACUCUCUGACUGUGAUUCCAACAAAUGGACUCAGCGCCCUCAGUCAGCUCAAACUCUCAGGGAACCCACAGAUGAAAAAUGUGCUGACGGCAAAAAACCUUCCCAAACUCAGGUCCAUCUCUGUCCCGUACGCCUACCAGUGCUGUGCGUUUGUCGGAUGUGACUCAGGGACGAGCUCCUCUGAGGACAACGACAUAAAGAAAUCAAUAGCGGGGGAGGAUGUGGAAAGAAUCUCGAUGAUUAUGCACUGCUCUCCUUCACCAGGAGCUUUUAAGCCAUGUGAGCAUCUCCUUGGUAACUGGAUGAUUCGUCUGACGGUCUGGUUCAUCUGUCUGGUGUCGCUGGUCUUUAAUGGGCUGGUGCUGGUGGCCACCUUCUCCUCCGCACACCGAGCUCCCGGCCAUUCCCACUCCCCGUCCCUCUCUCCGGCCAGGCUGCUCAUGGGGCUGUUGGCGUUGGCCAAUCUGCUCACAGGUGUGUAUGUCGGCGUGCUGACCGUGCUCGACGUUGCUACCUGGGGCUCCUUCGCGGAGUUCGGAGUGUGGUGGGAGAUGGGGCCUGGCUGUCAGAUCUCAGGAGCUCUGGCCGUCUUCUCGUCUGAGUGGGCGGUCUUGUUACUGUCCCUCGCAGCCGUGGAGCGCAGCGUGGCUGUGCGGACUAUUCUCGGGAAAGUAAUGAUGUCCCCCAGGAGGAACGGCAGCAGCGCUCAAGGAUGCUGGAGAGGAGGUCGACGCUUCAGCCUGGCUGCAGGACUACUGGGGCUGCUGGCUGCUGCUGCAGCCUGCCUCUCUCUCCUGACCACCAGCGACCAGACGGCGUCUCCCCUCUGCCUGCCCUUUGCUGGUGGAGAGAGCCCAGCUCUGAGUGUCACUGUGAUUCUGGUGCUGCUCAACGCGCUGGCCUUCCUGUUCACUGCAGCCGUGUAUACCGAGAUGUACUGCCACCUUGGCAGGGUGGAGCUGGCUGAUCCGGAGCAGACGGGUGCCCUGCGACAUGUCGCCUGGCUCAUUUUCACCAAUUGCAUCUUCUUCUGCCCUGUGGCAGCGUUCUCUUUCGCCCCCCUCUUGACUGGCUCUACAGCUGGUGGCCCAGAGAUCGCCAAGUCUGUCACGCUCAUUUUCUUCCCGCUGCCCGCGUGCCUGAACCCAGUGCUGUACGUGUUCUUCAGCCCGGCCUUCAGGGAGGACUGGCUGAGACUACGUGGACGCAGAGGUUUGACCAGAGAGGUGAAGGCUGGUGCUGAGAGUCAUGGAGACGAUGGUGGAGGAGGGUCGGAGCUCACGGACGGAGGCUCCUCCACCCACCUGGGCUUUGACUGUGGGGUGUACUCGCAGCUCUGUGGAGAGACAGUUGUGUGCGAGCAGUGCGAGGCAGCGCUGCAUGCCAGGACCUGCUCUUCCCCCUCGUCCUCCACAGUCUGUAGACACUUGGUGAAGUCUCACAGUUGUCCCACCCUCAUGGCGGGAGCGGCCGUGUGCCAGCGUGCCGAGGGGUUCUGGGCCGACAGCGGCACACCCUCCGCUCAGUCUGAGUAUGCAGAUGAGGGGGACUCGUUUGUGUCGGACAGCUCGGACCAGGUUCAGGCCUGUGGCAGAGCGUGCUUCUGUCAGACCAGAGGCCUCCCGCUCGUUCACUACUCAUACAACAUACCUCGAGUCAAGGACUAAGGAGACUUCAGAACUCUCUCUCUCUGUCAUGUGAAUUUAGGUCCUUCAAGAAUAUAUAAAAGCAUUUUCUUUUACCGGACAACAACAUGUGCCAACUACCCUGUUGAAAGACUAUUCAGCAAGCACUUAUGUAAACACAGUUGCAACCAGCCGUUUAAAGGGAACUUGGGACUUGUCUGAGUGAACUGAAAUGAGCACAUCGUGUCACAAACUGGUCAACAAAGGACUUUGCAAAGGAAACUGUGGCCACCAGUGCCUUCCUCUUGCUUUCGAGUGGAUAUCCUGAUGUUGCGAUUUACAUGUCAACGAUUUUUUGAUUUAUCUUUUCCCUGUAAUUCUAAGCUUUUAAAAUAAAAAUGUUUAAUUUUAUACUUUGAUUUUUAAAACUAUAAAUGUAGCAGAAUGUAGUAAUUAUCCUAGACCUUUCCGUUUGAAUGUAAUAACUUCUGGCCUUACUGCCUGCGAUCAGUGAGGAGGGUAAAUGCCAGUCUAUUAUAAAAACAACUUCUUUGCUUUAAGUUACUAAGACUAAGAAUGUGAUGAAAGUAGCAGAUAUCACUGUUUAAGCAACAACCAUGCUCGGUGGUUUUGAAAGAUGUUAUUUAUUGUGUGAGCAGCAGGGGCUUCUGGGUGGAGACGAAUUCAGGUGUUUAAAAGGCUGCCUUUGAAUGAUGCAUAUACAAUAGAAACAUAGCAUUUGCCAAAAUAGAAGCACCUCUUUUUUUUAAUUGUUCACAAAAAUAUGCAAACAGGGUUAGGUCAUUCAUUUUUUUGUUUUAUCUCAAAAAUUAUUUGAUAUUUUUAAAUGUCAGCCUUAUCCUGAGUGUUUUUAUCUUCCUGUUCGAAUUUGAUCAAAACUUUUCUUUUAUCUUAAACUGCACAAAAGCCCAUCAAUAAUUCGAAGUAAAGUAGCAGCUAAGUGCGUUCUGCUGUUCUCUAAUGUUCAGAUUCAUUUUGGCUGACACAAUAAUGUUGACUUGAUGCUGCGCGGAUUAGCUUAAAAAAACCAAAGGAUUAAACAAACACGAUAUAGUGUGAUAAAUAAUGAGCUGUAGAUAGGGUGGUAAGUUGAUGACGUUUGCUUCAGAUGGACUAAUGCUAGCUGCUUCCGAGCUCUAUGCUAAGCUAAGUGUCUAAGGAUGACAAGUAUUGCUUUUCAUGUCUAACUCUGGGAAUGAAGAGAGAAUAUUUGCCAAAUAUCCCAAAACGUUCUCAUGAUAUGAGUGCUUGGCUGGAUUUUUAAAACCCAUUUUAAGUACUGUAAGGGUAAAACCUCCACCAAAGCCCAAAAGUCCCUUUUUAAAUUCAAUCAAACUGAAAGAUAUUUUAAAAAACGACAUCGCAAUGUAAAAUGAAUUGAUAAAAGAAUUCCUGGUUCCACAAAAAGAUAAAACAGAUUCUUCUCUUCCGCAUCCCUCCAGCCAGUUUCCUAGAAAUCCAUUCCAUCGUUCUUUGUGUAAUCCUGCUAACAAACCAACAAACAGUGUGAUCUGAAUGUAUUUCCGCUCCUCAGCCUGGAACAUACCAGCCUGCCAGCCAGCUGUGUCAACAAGUGUAGCAGCAGUGCUCAAAAGUUAGAAAUGGGCUGUUAUCAAAAUGCUUAUUCAACCAGAGACAUUUAAAGACGAGUAUCUACAGUGAUUUUGCCGAUUGAUAAUUUCUCUGUGUUUGUAUAUAGCUACAUUCUGACCAGAACAAAUGGGCAAGAUGGAAAAAGGUUAGGAAAACAAGGCCUUUUACAGAAAGCUGUCUCCAUUUUGUUCAUGCUACAUCAUCGGUGAACGACUCUGAAACCUGCUGCAUCACUACUUAAUUCUUGAUCGUCCAGUUUUAUCGAACAGGUCAUCAGAAGCUGUAAAGCGUAAAACCCUAGAUCCCUUGUGCCCCGGGCGAUACUGUGAGUGACGAGGGAUCGACUCAUGUGUGGUGUGCCGGAGCGUGACUGCUCACAUUAAGGUGGAUACACCCUCAGAGCGUGUAUCCACAAGCGCACGUCAUGUGAGCGCUCAGGAAUUUGGGCAAUGUAGGGAAACGUUAUCCUCCGCUGACAUGUCAUUCAUGCCCUGAUGAUGCACCGGUUAAUCUUCAUCUCCCUGGUUUGUGUUUCCUGUUUUCACGUGGUCUCGACUGGGUGUAAAUUCUUGCACCAACCCAAAUGUCCGUUGAUUGUUUGUACAUUUUCAGCAGAUGGGACAUCAGACGUGUCAGAUAUUUUAUUAGUUUGGUUAUUGUUUUUUUUUUUUGUUUUUUUUUUAUUUGUAUGUAAAUUAUUUGAAAAGAUGACAAGUAAUCAAGAAUGGGAUGCUAACUAAGGAAGCUACCUCCUCGACUGUAGUGGCUACCGGCAGUGCUUUGUAAGAGAAUAGUCUAUUUUAACUUGUUGUUGCCCUUUGUUUGCAUUCUCAGUUUUAUGUUGACACGCGGUUGUACAUCAUCAUUUUAGUUUAAGAGCAAAUUGUGGGAGGAAUCUAUGUACUAUAAGCUGUGAUUUUAUUUUCUAAAUCAAAAUAUAGACUAUGAAUUGUUUUUCUGUUUUUACCUUUUUAUAGACAAACCUGCAGAGUAAUACAGCUUACGAAAAAAAUAUCUCCUAAUUUCAAUUCAAAUAAAAUUUUAUGUGUCUCCCCAAGUUGUUUUUAUUCUGUUCAAGUAGCCAAAUGAUUCUACAUUGUGUAUGAAUAAAGUUGGACAAAUACAA